AUGACGGCCAUCGUCUCCCGGGUCCGCCUCUCCCUCGGCUGGCCCUGGUCACUCGUCAUGUACCCCGACCUAGACUCCUGGCUUCGGUGCCCCGCGCUCGGCAACCUGCAGGAGCUCGAGCUGUGGCACGGGAUCACACGUCCGUACCCGAUGCCGCCGGCCGCGUUCCUGUUGUCAUCCUCCUUCCGCGCCCUCGCCCUCAGCGGCGGCGAUGGACCGUCUUGCGACGACGGUGACUACCUCAAGUAUCCUGCGGAUGACGUGGAUAGGCUGCACUUUCCCAACCUCAAGCAGCUCACGAUCAAGUGCGUCAUCAUCGCGGAGAGCGCGCUCGACACUCUGCUCAACAAAUGCCCUGUGCUUGAGAGCUUGGAGCUGAGCGCAAAUGUGGGCUUUGGUCGCCUCCAGAUUAGCUCCCCUACCCUUAGAAGCUUUGGUGUUUCAGAUAACCGCAUAAAGCUGUGGGAUCCUGAAAGGUUGAAAGAAGUCAUUAUUGAGGAUGUGCCUCUCCUACAAAAAUUCUUCAUCAGAGUCCAACAUUAUUCCGAAAGAGAAGGUCUAUCAGUUCAGAUAUCUGGGGCGCCCAAACUUCAGUUCUUGGGGUCGCUCACACAUGACAUUACAACACUUGAGCUUGAGACUGCUAUUUUGAAGGAAACUAUCUCUGUGAACUCAAUGGCGGUUGUGCGAUCAGUGAAGGUUUUGGUUGUGCACAUGUCCCCUCCUAGUAUCGAUGAUGUUAUUGGCCUUAUGAAAUGUCUUCCCUGCUUGCAGAAGCUAUAUGUCAAGGUUUCUCUGAAGGAGAGGUCGAAAAGGGUGCAGCGUCAUAAUCCACUUGAUUAUCUCGAAUGCCUUGAUCUCCGUCUGAAGAAACUAUUAUUGAUAAAUUAUCAAGGGAUGAAGAGAGACGUGGAAUUUGCCAACUUCUUUCUUUUGAAUGCUAAAGUGCUAGAAAUGGUGGAAUUAAGAACCCAGCGUCCGAGCUGUGAUUCUAAAUAUUUGACUAAGCAGCAUACAAAACUGCAGUUGAAGAACAAAGCUUCUUCUAAGGAUACACUUCUCUUUAUGUGUAUUAGCCUUCGCUACUCGACGGCCUCGCGCGCUCUCCGCAUGCCGUGCACGCGAUAG